AUGUCUGAGGUUUCAGAAGGCGACGUAAACGAUCCCGAAUAUAUCGAGGAUUUGCUGUUGCGCGGGGCGAAGAAGCUGAUCGUGCUUCCUGGCGCAUCUUCGCAUGCAGCAUCAUUCCAAUUCGAAAAAGAAGACCACACGAUGGGCAAUGCUUUGCGGUAUUUUGUUAACAAGAACCCCGAUGUCGAGUUCUGUGGCUAUACAAUCCCACACCCUUCCGAGACGAAAAUGAACAUUCGGAUACAGACUUGGGAGGAUACCGAGACAACUGCAGUCGACGCACUCAGGAAGGGUUUGUUAGAUAUGAUUGCUGCUUGCGAAGUGGUGUCGAAGAAAUUCUCAGAAGCGCGAGAUGAAUUCAAUGCUUCAAUUUCAUGA